GGCCGUCUCUUUCUCUCUCUCUCUCUCCCUCACUCUCUCUCUCCCUCUCUCUUUUCUUUUUCAUUUUUUUUUUAAGUGGAGGAAAAAGUCCCCUUUCCGUCGCCGUCUCACGCGCGAGGUUUCCCAACCGCGCGCGAAGGAAACACGAGAGCUCAAUUCAGGAGGAAGCGCAGGAGAGGAGGCUGGACAGCGAGCUAGACCUUCUUCUCCUUCUCCUCCUCUUGCUUUAGCGUCGAGAAGUUCCACGCGCAGCUCGCUGGACUGGAUAUUACCCACUCGGGGGAAGGAAUAGUUUUGUGAAAUUUCUCCAGAGGCGUUUUUUUUUUUUUUUUUUUUCCCCGCGCGCCCUUGCUCUGGGAUCCGCGAGCCCGCACACACAUGGUCCGGCUGAGGGGGACUCUGAGCGCGGACGCAGCCUAAGGGAUUUCUCUUUUUCUCCUCGACGCCAAUUGGAAACUAUAAAAGGACAACAGAAACUACUCCGAGGAAGCUCGUCCUCUCCUCGCCCUCGUCUGUUUAUCCGGCAAAGCAGAAGCGCUAAGGAGGAGCCGCAAACCACGGAGCCGAACAUGCCGCAAAAAGAGUACUAUAACCGGACCACGUGGGAGUCUGGUGUAGCUUCCAUGAUGCAAAACAGACAAGAGGUGUAUGACAUCUGUAACGAAGGUCACAGCGGGGUGAACCAGCUCGGCGGAGUGUUCGUGAACGGCAGACCGCUGCCGGACUCCACCAGGCAGAAGAUAGUGGAGCUCGCGCACAGCGGCGCGCGACCCUGCGACAUAUCCCGGAUCCUGCAGACCCAAGCUGAUGCAAAAGUCCAAGUGCUGGACAAUGAAACCGUGUCCAACGGCUGCGUGAGUAAGAUCCUGGGCAGGUACUAUGAGACGGGCUCCAUCCGACCGCGCGCCAUCGGAGGCAGCAAACCCCGAGUAGCCACUCCCGAGGUGGUCAGCAAAAUCGCCCAGUUCAAGAGGGAGUGCCCGUCCAUCUUCGCGUGGGAGAUCCGGGACAGACUGCUGUCAGAGGGCAUCUGCACCAACGACAACAUCCCGAGCGUGUCAUCCAUAAACAGAGUGCUGCGCAACCUGGCGAGCGAAAAGCAACAGAUGGGCGCAGAUGGCAUGUAUGAGAAGCUGAGGAUGCUGAACGGACAGACGGGGACAUGGGGCACCCGGCCGGGCUGGUACCCCGGAACCUCCGUGCCAGGACAGCCCAAUCAAGACGGCUGCCAACAGUCAGAUGGAGGCGCCGAGAACACCAACUCAAUCAGCUCAAAUGGUGAGGACUCAGAGGAGGCCCAGAUGAGACUGCAGCUGAAGAGGAAACUGCAGAGGAAUCGCACUUCUUUCACGCAGGAACAGAUAGAAGCACUAGAAAAAGAGUUUGAAAGAACGCACUAUCCAGACGUUUUCGCACGGGAGAGACUUGCUGCGAAAAUCGACCUACCUGAGGCCAGAAUACAGGUGUGGUUCUCAAACAGAAGAGCGAAGUGGAGGCGAGAGGAAAAGCUACGAAAUCAAAGACGACAAGCCAACAACUCCAGCAGUCACAUACCCAUCAGUAGCAGUUUCAGCACAAGCGUCUAUCAGCCAAUCCCUCAGCCAACCACACCAGUGUCCUUUACUUCAGGCUCCAUGCUGGGACGGUCAGACACAGCCCUCACAAACACAUACAGUGCCCUACCGCCAAUGCCAAGCUUCACCAUGGCCAACAACCUGCCUAUGCAAGCAAGCCAGACCUCGUCCUACUCCUGCAUGCUACCAACCAGUCCCUCGGUGAAUGGGCGGAGCUAUGACACAUACACACCCCCUCACAUGCAGGCGCAUAUGAACAGCCAGUCGAUGGCCACCUCGGGCACAACCUCAACGGGUCUAAUCUCGCCUGGAGUGUCUGUACCGGUACAAGUGCCAGGCAGUGAACCGGACAUGUCCCAGUAUUGGCCCAGAUUACAGUGAGGGAGCAGAGGAGUGGACGGGGAGCAGGCUGCGCCUCCUGGCCUCCUCCAGCUGCAAGGCAAAGCUCUUCAUCAGUAUUUCACGACACUACAAGGGAGAAGGGAGGCUAAAAAGGACCCGUGUUCUUUUGUACUGGGAUAGUGCCACUUCUCUAGCGUUCCUUGGACACAAAGACUUGAAGAAGAAUCAAAAGAGAACGGACUCGAUGUAAAGUGCCCUGUGUUAUAUCGUUAAAAAAAAAAAAAAAAGAAAAGGAAAAAAAAAAAAAACGAAGAAAAUCUGUUUUCAGUUUCCAGUCAUUUUGAUGUAUUUGUAAAUGGCCAAUUGUAUGUUAUGACACAAAAAAAUGAACAGCUGUGGAUGGACAGUCAAACCACGUCGAUCUUGCAUCUGUGGAAGGAACAACAUUCAUGCAAGCUUUUUCUGCCAUGCUUCUUUUUUUUUUUGUUUUGUUUUUUCCUCAUUAUCGGUUGAUAUCAAGAACUUCUGAGCAUCUUUGUAAAGCUUGUGGACCUGUAGUAACAAAAAAAAAACAAACAAACAAAGGCAAUCAUGACUAUACACAGUUUACAAGAAGCCAAUUCAUUUGUUUCCAAAGCUUGCUGGCAGAAAAAAAGUCUAUGUGGAAAGCUUCGAAUGCUGAAUCGGAAAUGAAAAAAAAAAGAAAAAGACAAAAAAAAAAAACCUUUUGGUAACUUU